AUGAAUAGAAGUGAUCGGUAUAAGGGUAGUAGUGCUAGUGCAGCUUCUAAUGCGAAGAAAGUCUGGCAUCCAACUAGUUUUCGUACUCGACAGCAAGUAAAACGACUGAAAGAGAGUGGUUGUAAUAGUAGUAGUCCUGCUAGUUCAGUGGCAACUCGAGUUAGUCGUUUUCUAAGUCUAGCUCAAGUCUUAUCUUCUGAGCAGCGCAUGUCUUGGAUGACUGAGAAUUAA